GCGGUGAGCCGUUGUCAUGGCAGCUCAAAUCAAGGCGCACCUGUUGCACCCUCGCAGCGGCGUUUCUCUAAAGAGGACCAGAUAUGUUCUCACGGAUGAAAUGUCGAACUUAGGUCAGACCACACCACCCAGUCUGACCGAGGGCUCCCCGGUGACUAACCUGACUGUCGUUGUCCUUCUGCUCAUCCCGUGCGUGGUCACCCUGCUCCUGUUCAACUGUCUCUUCCUGGGUUACAAGUUGCUGGUGCUGACCAAGAGGAGCAGGAGGAACCACCGAGGAGACACGGAGGAGAUGCUCCUACGGUCCUCCCUGCUGAGAGUCGGAGCUUUUUCCCCGCUGCAGGACGGGAAGACAGUCUACAUGUACCUAUCAGAGCCCGUCCUGUCGCACCCGGUCACUUCCUCCAGAGCCUCGUCCAGAGACAGAGCUGGGGUGAAUCCCAGGUUCCGCCAGCGGAGACCCGAUGGCGCAACCGGCUCGGGGUCCCUGAGGGCGCCGAGCACCAUCCGGGCCGCGGCCGCCCCCUCCUCCGCGGCGAGGCUUGAGGUCCCCCCCUGCCCCCUGCGGACUCAUGACACGUUCUGGUGGAGGAGUGCGCCUAAUUUACUGCAGUCCAGUGGUUCGGAAACAGGACUGAACCUGGUUCCGCCCAACACUCCUAUGCAGGAAGCAGAACACAUGAGUCAUAUCCGCCGCAGCAGCACUCACGAGAAGCUGACUGAUGUGAACCUCGGUGUUCCCGUGCACCCGUUUGGUAAACUGGUCAUGGACUGUGAGUACAUCAACCUGCCUUCGGACACGUCUGCAGCAGCUUCUGGACUGGACAGUGACUUCGGAGCAAGUGCAGGUGUCUCCCUGAGGAUUCUGUCAGCGGACAGCGAUGGCCUGUCCAACGGUGUCCUGUCCUCAGCUCUGGAGUGGGAUUAUUAUGACCCGUGCUACGUCAAACAGAACAAUAUACCCAAUCACACCCACCACAGAGCCGUCAUGCACACAAAGCAGUACUGGGUCUAAACCCACCCUUUUAAUUUUGUUUUAUCAUAUAUUUUAUAUAAGUAUGUACGUCUUAUUUUGAAGUUUUUGUCACAAUAAUUUCCCACUUUUAUAUCAUUCGUCAGCACUCUGCCACUAAACCCGUUUAUAAUAGUCAUUCUGCACCUUUAUUGUGAAAUGUUUCCUGUUCUCUUGUGUUGAUUCUAAAUCAAGUCACUGUUUUUCUACUUGGUCUGUUCCGUUUCACACAAAUCCUCACAUUUUAAAGAUUAUGUCACGAUUUGAAAGGUUGUGACUCACCCAAUGGUCUUAAGAAUUUAAUAAAGUGUUUUGAAUAAA